AUGGAUGGGAUGAGUCUUGAAGAAUCCUUAUCUGGUGUCGACUCUAGUUUGUUUCGUCUGUUUAGACAGAAGACAUCUGACUUGCAAUAUUCGAAGCUAGAAAAGGAUCAGUAUGUUGCGCGGUGGCUGAAGGCAAGAAGUUGGGAUGUUGAGAAGGCUGAAAAGAUGUUUAGAAUGCAUUUACAAUGGAGGAAUGAAGUCAAGCAACUAGUGAGUGUUUUUACGCUGACAAAUGUUAAUUUGACUAGUGGGAGAAUUUUGGAGGUUCUCUACCCUUCCUGUUUCUACCAUCACCAGUUGGAUGAGCUCCUUGCCACGUUCAAGAUGCCUGAGGUAGUUGAGAAAUACUUCCCUGGCGGUAUCUGUGGACAGGACAAGUUUGGUAGGCCCACCUUCAUCUGUCCGGCGGGCACGGCGGAUGUGUUUGGGCUGAUGCGCUCGGCGUCGCGCACUCAGCUAGCGCUCUCUCGCUACUACGUGAUGGAAAAGAUUGUGGAAGAGAUACUGCCCGCACAGUCGCAGAAGAUGGGACGUCCUAUCGAUCAGCUAGUCAUCAUCUUUGACUUGCAGCACAUGAAUCGGCGUCAGUUAUGGCGGCCUUGGCUCAAUUUUGUCCUUGAAAUGACCUCUAUCUUCGAGGUCAACUUCCCCGAACUCAUGGCUGUUUGCUUUGUGCUCAACGCCCCCUCCUUUUUCUCUAUGAUCUUCUCCCUCCUCAAACCAAUUCUCAGCAAAGAGACGCAAGACAAAAUUCAUAUACUCGGCUCCAACUACUUCGACGAGUUGCUGAAGCUCUUCAACCCUGAGGAUCUUCCGGCUCAUUACGGAGGUACGAUGUGCGACCCCGAUGGUGAUCCGAAGUGCUCCUCGCGAAUCUGCUGGGGCGGCACCGUCCCCGAGUCCUACUACCAGAUCCAGCAGUCCUCGCCCGCUUCCUCCAUGGAGGUAGCUGACGACGCCUUUCUUCUUGUGCCCGUGGGUCGCGGCAGCAAAGAGUAUUUCUACGUCGGCGAGGCUAAGUCUGGAGACACAGUCUCAUGGGAGUUCUAUACCGAGUCAAAUGACAUCGCCUUUAGUCUAUGGGUGGAGCCACAGAGCGAUUCCGGCUCUCUCGUGGAUGAGGGAAGCCGGCGGCGACUCGGAAGGGCACGUGGACCAAACAGUGUUGGAAGUAGUGGCAUGACGACUUCUUUCUCCUUUAACAACCUUCUUGGGAGCCAGGGAUCGGGAGGCAAGCUAGAUCUGAGGCAGAUUACACGGUCUUUGCGCGUGGACUGCGACCUGGUGCCCGAGCUGGGCAACCGCCAGGUGGAUCUCGAUGGAAAUUACUAUCUCUUGUUCGACAACUCCUAUAGUUGGACUCGUGCUAAACGUAUUUGGUGCAAGGCCGAGGUAGUGUGCUCAAAUCCAUUGAUUAAAGACGGCAACUCGAACAACAACUCUGUAGCGGAUGGAGAGAUGGAAGGAGGGGAUUUGAAGGCUGUAGAUGUUGAACUCUCCGAGGUUAUGAAGACGGUAUGUGCACCUGACUAUUCCAGUCUCUCAACACUAGAUGUGGAUGUCUCGGCGCUGGUGAUUAUCCUUCUCAGAACAGUGCCGAUCAUUCGGCGUCGAUUUCGCUCCUCCCAAUCUUCCUCCUCCUCUCCCCAGGGGGUCAAAUUUAAACGACCCAUAAAAACGACUGUUUAG